GAUUCUGGUCAUUGGGAUCCCGCUGUUAGUUUUCUGACUGUCGGGAUCUCGAAUGCCAGUAUUUCAUACUCAACCUCACAAUAACUGCUACGCUUGUGUUAAACAUCCCGAGGAUAGCGCAGGAGGACAAUGGAGGUUUAGUGGAGAAUUGAGCUCAUCUGAUGAACAGCAGGUCUGGAAAAGGGACCAUCAGGGCCGGAGCUUCCACUAGGCAGCUUUAGGCAGCUGCCUAGGGGCGCCGGGACCUGAGGGGGCGGCCUGCUACAGCUGCCUGAAAAAGGUAGCAUAGUCCUACCUUUCACAGCCACUGCAAUCCCCCAGAAUGCGUAUCUUACAGUAGCCGUGACUGCUAAGCUCCCGUAUUGCAGCCUCCAGCUCCACCUCCAACCGGCACAGGCAGUAACUUUGACAGCUCCUGGAGUCCUGACUGGGGGUGACAUGGAACACUGCUCUUCAUUCCAGGCUCUUUCACAGACUACUCAGUUCCAACUCUGCACUGCAGACUGCAGGCAUAAAAAGGGUGUUGAAAAUGAAACUAUGGCUGAUAACGUCCACUAUGCAGCAUGUGGCUUAAGCAGUGGGCAUGACUGUGAUGUUUCCUAUAACCUGAGAGGAAGUUCCCCUGCACUGUGCGAGCUCUUACUGUGCUGAGAAGAUGCUGGACAGGACCCCAGAGCUGAUCUUUAUGACGCUGUCAGCCUGUCUCCUGGCUUCAGCCAGAGAUGAUGAUGCUGUGCAAGUUUCCGGCCUUAUAAACCAGUCUGUCCAGCUGUCCAACUACCGGGAUCUCAGGCUUCCUAUAGAAGAGAUAAUGUGGCGAUUUUCAACCAAUGGAAGAACUGUUAAAGUGGCAGAGAUCAAAAACAAUAUUUGGACGACGUAUUAUCCUCAAUUUUCCAACCGGCUUCAGAGACUUAAUAAUGGAGAAACAUUAGUUAUCACACAUCUAAGCACGAUGGACAGCGGAGAUUAUGCUGCGGAGAUUACACUUACCAAUAAACAGUUAUACAUAGCAGCUUUUAUUCUCAACGUGUACGAGCCUGUUCCUCACCCAGCUAUAAGGAUUGGAUGGGAGAUGAGGUCCAGUGACUGGUGUAAUAUGAGUCUCCAUUGUUCUGACCCAACAAACACAUCAGCAUUGUCCUACACCUGGAAAUACAGACACAGGGACUCUGAUUAUCACCUGUAUAAUAAUGGUGGCUUCAUCCAGGUGUCACUGCAGCCAGAGUCCUGGGACCUGGAGCUCCUGUGUGUAGUACACAACCCAGUGGACCAGAAGAACAUCUCUCUCCAUGUCUGCGCGUCUCCAGGAUGUUCUAUCUUCGUGAGAUCAGCCCUGACUGCAACUUACCUGCUUCUUAGCAUCUUUUUUAUACAUCUGUCUCACUGUUAUUAACAGAUCCGGCUUGCUAAUCUUCAAGCGCAAGAUGUAUCCAGAAGUCUGAUUGGCCAGAGCAUACACACCUCAGCAGCAACAUAAUUAUCUGAUGAUAAACUUGACGUGACUGCCCCAAAGGAACACACCCUGCAAAGCGUAUUGGCUGGAAGGAGGGAAUUUUGCUAUUUAAAUAUGAGGCAUUGUGGUGAAAAGCAUUGGAAUACUGGCCGAGCAUACCCUUAUUUAUUGAGUGGAGCCUACAGGGACUCAUCCUCCUAGACCUGCACUUUCACAGCACCUAGACUGUCUGGAUACAGUGUAUUGUGCAGUUCCUCUGCCACUGAUCUGUUGUACUUUGUUUGUUUGUUUGUUUGUUUGUUUGUUUGUUUGA